AUGGCGAAACUCAAGGCACAUGAAGAACUCUCCACUAAUGCGAAUACUAUCAAAGCUAGCAACUGCGUCUCCAACCUUACUGAAGAUGAGAAGGCUGUUCACUUAGUACUCAAGGCUGACCAUGCUGAUCUGAGCUACUACUUAAAGAAGUUAUAUAAGUCUGCAAAGUACAAGACACGUCUACAGAAUGAAUUGAAGGUUGAGCGUAUUUGUGUUCGGACUGAGAAGGGUACCCAUGCAUCUUGCAUUGCGAAUCAGAAAGUCAAGAAUAUUAGCGCCUCUUCUUCUCCACAAGCCCCACCAUCUACUCCGCCCAAACAACUUCUGUCUGAGCUUGCUGCAUUUGAGGAGGAUACUGAGGUGGAGACGAUUUGGAGUUGGAGCUUAUGUUACAGCGCGAAUAUUUUAAAUGACGAGGCUGUUCUACCAGAUGAGCUUUCCGAUGAAGAGAUCACUAGCACCCAGGCUCUCUUAACUCAAGCACACAUUGAUGCUGGAAAGCUGAGAAAGAAGCCUGAGCGUCUCUUUGAGUAUAUGCCGUGGAUUGAUGUAGAGGAAGCACUUUCACGAGGUUAUCCCACCACAUAA